GGCUAUGCGCGUCGCGUUCAAUUGAUGUGACUGAGGUUUGCCGCCGUUUUCAGUUGAUUCCACGAGCACAACAACAAGAAAUAAGGUCGCGACCAUCGCUCUCAUUACAAAUCCCACAGGCAACCAACUACUCACCCAUCACUACUAUGACACUAACCAAGCGACCCGCUGAUACCGCCGCGACCAAGGACGGUUCUUUCAAGCGUCUCAACUCGGGCGCUGCAGCAGACAAACCUGCACCGACCAAGCAGUCAUCAUUGCUGGCCUGGGCCACUCCAAAACCCAAGGCCACAGCAGACACUCCUUCGUCCGCAACAGGCACAGCCCCAGCGCCCCUUAUAGCGGUAGGCGCGACUUCGGUUGUUCCCGCAGCUCCUAAAGCAAAGCCUGAUAUCCUCAAAGGCCUUCCCGACGAAAAAAAGGAGCUGCUGCAGUUGGAGCAGGACACUAUGGACGCGACAUGGCUGCGUGCUCUGCAGGCUGAAUUCACGAAGCCCUAUUUCAUUGAACUGAAAAAGUUUCUCAAGCAGGAGGAUCUCAGCAAUCAGAAGGUGUUCCCACCAAAGCCCGAUAUCUAUAGCUGGUCCAGAUUCACACCCCUCCCUACAGUUCGCGUUGUAAUUCUUGGCCAAGAUCCUUACCAUGGCGAUGGUCAGGCCCAUGGACUGUGUUUUAGCGUCAAGAAGCCAGUUCGGCCACCACCUUCUCUCCUCAACAUGUUUAAGCUCCUCGAAAAAGACUUUCCGGGUUUCAAAAUCCCCAACCAUGGUUACCUCGAAACGUGGGCACGCCAGGGAGUGCUGAUGGUCAACUCUGCCAUGACGGUGCGUGCACAUCAGGCCAAUUCGCACAAGGGAAAGGGUUGGGAGCACCUACUCAAUGCGGUGAUCAAGACGAUCAGUGAUCAGCGUCGCAAUGUAGUAUUUUUAUUGUGGGGCAGGGACGCACAGAACCGAGGAGUGUUGGUCGACAAGAAGAAGCACCUCGUAUUGCAGAGCGUACAUCCGUCGCCUCUUAGCGCGCACCGCGGAUUCUUUGAUAGUCACCACUUCUCAAAGGCAAACAAGUACUUAGAGCAGAAUGGACAGCAACCGAUCAAUUGGAACAGCCUUAUCGAUGACAUGUCUUGAGCGCUGAAUGAUUAUUUGUGCCAGCAAGCCGCUUCAUAUAUAGAUAUACAGGAAUACGUAUCAAAC